UAGAGUACAGACAUUGUAUACGGGACAGAAUCGGUCUAACGUUUCGAAGGUACACAGGUAACCAUUGAUACGUAUAAGUAUCAUAAGUAAAAUAAAGUAAGUUCACAAUUAAGGAAUAUUCUAUAUUUUCCAUAUUUUAUACUACUUAUAUAUAGGCUACUUGAGAAACUACUUGUAUUUCUUCUACAAUGGGUUUGUUGGAAAUAUACAAUUAUUGGAAUACAGAAUUAUCACACCCAGUAAGUCGUGAUUGGUUGUUUGCAUCCUCGCCGUUUCCAAUACUGCUAAUAACUGUGGGAUAUUUGUAUUUUGUUCUUUAUGCUGGUCCUCGCUACAUGAAAAGUCGACCGCCAUAUAAAUUGAGAACCUAUAUAUUAAUUUACGACUUAAUUCAAAUUCUGGCUAACUUAUACAUUCUAAACAUGCUGUUUGAUGCCGGUUGUUUUGUCUUUAUGACAGAAUUAAUCGUUAAGAACUGUUGGAUACAUUACGCAAGCAGCACUGCUGGACCUAAAUUCUUUAAAGUGGCGUGGUGGAUACUCUUAUUGAAAAUGUUUGAUUACAUCGAAACUUGCAUGUUUGUGGUGAGGAAGAAACAAAACCAGGUCUCUGGUUUGCACGUGUAUCAUCAUGUAUCUAAUAUAACAUUUUUGUGGAUUAAUUUAAAAUACUUUAUGGAUAUAAGAAUUUCGCCUUUCAUAAUAGUCAAUUGUAUUGUGCAUGUAAUCAUGUACAUGUACUAUUUCAUCGCUGCAUGCAGUCCAAAUCUCCAACGGAUGAUAUAUCCCAUUAAACGAUUUAUAACUAUUCUACAGAUGGCACAAUUUGUGUAUUUCUUAUCUCUGCUACUGCAGUCUUUCACUUGCGAAGCGCCAAGAGAAGUGCUGUUUCUCUUUACUGUAAAUAUAUUUAUAUUUCUUUAUUUAUUUUAUGAUUUUUAUAAGAAAUCUUAUAUAGCAAAACAGAAGAGUAAUUAACAUUGAGAAAUAAUUUUGUAUUACCUGAACAAAUAAUACUAAUUAUUGAUAUAUU